AUGAGACUUGAGGUAACUAGCAAUGAGUCCAAGUAGCUUGAGAGAGCUAGAAAAUGGGCAUAGCUAGUUGUUGACAGUAAAAUCAUUAUGUCUGAUAAAAAUCAAAAUUAAGUUGAUUAAGAUCGAAUCUAUGAUAUCUAAAAAGAACUUGAAAGAAUAAAGUCAUUAGAUGAUAUUGUUUCAAUAAAAAAUCUAAGGAAAGAAUUUGAAAAAAUUGAUAUUUUUCAUGAGUCUCUAGACAAAUGCAGUAACUAUGACGAAACAAGUUAAAAACUAUUAUCGGUUGAUGUUGAAAUGAUCAAAACUCUGAUUGAAAAAGCUUAAUAGGAUAUUCUUAUUAAUAUAUAAGACGAAAUAAAUGGUAUCAAAGAUUAAAUAAAUUUAAAUUCAGAAUGGGAAGCUAAUUGUUAAAAGAUUCUAGAGGAUGUCAAUUUCGAUGAUUGGAGUAAAAUUGAUCUUUCUAGAAAAAUGUUAGAUUAAGCUGAAAAUGAUCCAGAUAGCACUUUUACUCUCAUUGAUAGAUCAUUGAUUCGCAAAUUGAGAAUUUGGUACAUUAAGGCUAAGUAUAAUGAUUAAAAGAGGAAUAAGAGAGAUAUUAUAGACUUUAUCCUCGCACUUGAACGAGAAAUCAACAAACUAAGUGAUAAUUAAACUGAAAUUUAAAUAUAGCUGGAACUAAAGAUGAUUGAAUUAGCUAAGAGACUUAAGUAAAUUAUAGCUUUUAAAAUAUAAGUUGGAAAUAAUGACGAAAAUAAGCCAAAUUAGCCAAGAACUUUAACAAUACAAGAUAUUGAAUAUGCUCUUGAAAACAAAGAUAAUUUACCAUUUUAACUUGAGAAGAAGUAAAUUGAAAAUCUAAACAAACAAAAAGAUCGCUAUUACCAAGAGUUGGAUAUUGAAGCUUUAGCCUUACUUAAAGAGCUAUCAUUUGUAACACCUCAUGAAAAAUUUAUUGAAAAAAUGAAGAAGAAUUAUGCCUUUAUAAUGGAACGAGUAGCGAAAUACCCAGAUUUAGAAAUUUUGAAAAAGAAAGCUGAGGAUUAAAAACAAAUCUCAGAAGAUCAAGAUAUGAAGGAUGAAUCAAAUAAUUAAGAGGAAGCUGAUUUAAAUGAGCAAAAUAUAACAGAAAAGAAAAAAGUAAAUAGUUAAGAAGGUUCCGAAUCAAUCGAGGUAGAGGAGGAGGAGAUUCCUCCUAGAUUUCUAUAAGACUUCUAAAAAGUUCAUAAGAAAUUUUUCAAGCUGAAAUGUCAGUGUCCAGAGGCUAUUAGAUUAGUUUAAGAAUAUGAAAAAGCUAGAGGAGAGUUUGAUGAUAUAAAAAGCAAAUUUUUAGCGUAAAAAAUUAGUGGUAAAUUCACUUUCCAAUAGCUUUAGGAUUUCAAUGAGAGACUCAUUAACGUAACAUUGGAUUUUGAGGAUGAAGAGUUAUAAUUUAGAUAAGAUAUCUGGCAUGCUCGAGUUGCUAAAGUUUUACAUGACUUGCAAAAUGAUAUAUUCAUUGAGAGAUUAAGUACUGAAUAGAUUAAGUAUUGGCUUGAGGAAGGAUAGGAACUUGAAGUUGUAAAUGAUAUUAAGUAUGAAAAAUUGAAUGAAGUUGUAGAGGAUAUUGAUCACAUCAUGAGAGCAUUAAAAAUGUGUGCAACUGUUGAGGAAGUUGACAAGAUAGAUGAAUAAGAGAAUAGAAAGUUGAUAGAAAUGAAUCAUUUAAUAAAGAAAGCGAGAUAGAAAAUGCUCAAAGGUGAAGUUCCAAAGCAUAUAAGAAAGAGUAUUGAAAAUAGGAAAAGUUUAGGCUCAUGUGCUCUUGAGUAUCUUAAAAAUAGUAGAACUAAAAUUUCAAAGGAGUAAUUAGAAGAUGUUGAUAUGGAUAAUAAAAUGAUUUAAGAGGAAGGAGGAGGCGAUGAAGAAGAAGAUGAAGAUGAUAUGGACACCGAGGAACUUGAGGAUGAAAAGAAGGAAGCCAAAUCUGAUCCUAACAAAAUUAAAAAAGCUCCGAAGAAAAAAUAAUCUAUUCCAAUAAAGACUGAAGUUAAAGCAGAUAAAUUUUAAAAAGCUACAUCCACCCUUUUGACAAAAAAGAAGCCAGUUGCAACCACAAAAGAAAAUAAAGAGCCAAAGAAAAGAGUAGUCAAAGCUAAUUAAAAAGCUGAGAAAAAAGAAAAACUUAAAAUUGAAAAGAAAGUUAAAGCUUCAGGUGAAAAAUUGAAAUCACCUUUGAAAAAGAAAUUGGAAGUAAACAAAAAGGCUAAAAAUAAAGUUGAACUUGAUAAAAAAGACAAUGGUGAUAAUGACGAUAGCAAAGAGGAAUCUUAAAUUGAAAAUGCAAAAAUGAAAGAAUUGAAAGCUAAAGUAAGUAAGAUGUAGAAAAAAGAUGUUCCAAGUAAACCGACUAACAGUCUAUAGCCUCUUCAAAAGAAAAUCAAAGAAAAAUCUUAAUCAAAUUCUGUUGAAACUACAGCUCCACAAGCAGGAUUAAACAGUUUAAAAUCGAAAUUAGGAGGUUUGAAAAGUCCAAGCAAAGGAAAUAGUCUUUUAACAAAAAAGAAAAUUGAGAAACCUAUUCCAAAAGUAGAAAUAAAUAAUGCAGAAGACGAGCCCGAUCAGAAGAUGGAUAUAGACUCUAAAGAAAAAGAAGAAGAAAAUGACUAGCCUAAUAAUGAGGAUGAUAAGCCAAAGGAGAAAAAAUAAAUGAUAGUUGAUAAAACUUAAGAUGAAUAAGAUGAUACUGCAGAUGGCUCAGAAGAUAAUAAAUCAUCUAAAGAAGAAGCAAAUAAAAAAAUUGAAAAUAAAAAGAGUUUACCACUAAUUAAAACAAACACUCUGUUAGGUAAAAGACCUAUUCAAAAGACAGAUAUACUUGCAAAUGAUAAAAAGGAUGAAGUUUAAAAGGAUAAACCAGCAAUUGGAAAAGCUAAAAUAGAACCAGCUGUUGAAUCUAAGGCAGCUGCACCAACCAUAGCAAAAAAGGUAGGUAUUAUAAAAAAGCCAGGUGGCGGGCUAGCAGCAUCAUUAGCUAAAAUUAACAAAUGA